AUGGCAGUUAUUUGGGGUCUACUGGCUUUGGCCUUCUCCGUGACUGCUGCAAGAUCUUCCGGUUUCAAAAGAUUCAGAAAUUCCAAGCACAGCUCAGAAGAUUUCCUCUCCCGUCUGAGCCAUUAUGAGAUCGCCUUUCCUGCCCAGGUGGACGAGAGUGGGAACUUCUUGACGUAUGACCUUCGCAGAGCACCACCCAGCUUCCGUAGGUCCCGAAGGAGCAUCCACGAAGAGUCUGAACGGCAGGUCUUCUACUGGCUGCAAGCUCAGAGUUCUAACUUCCUACUUAACCUCACCCUGCAGUCAGAUCUACUGGGGCAGCACUUCACUGUUGAGUACUGGAAAAGAGGUGGACUAGACUGGAAGCAUGAGCUGUACGAAGACUGUCACUACGUUGGCCACAUACAAGAUCAACAGCUGAGCUCCAAAGUGGCCAUUAGCAACUGCAAUGGACUGCUAGGAGUGAUUGUAUCAGGGGAUGAUGAAUAUCUCAUUGAACCACUACCUCAAGGUAGAAAUUACAACAAGACCAGUGAGGGGACCCCUCAUGUGGUAUACAAGCGCUCUUCCUUGCAAAGACAGCAUCUUGAUGCAGCGUGCGGUGUAAUAGAUGACAAACCCUGGAAAGACCGUCAUUGGUGGCUUAGAAACCAAAGGCCUCCUCCUUUGCGACCAGCAUCCAAUCACACACAGCGUGGACCUCUUCCACUUAAACGAUCAGUGAGCACAGAGAGAUAUGUGGAGACUUUAGUGGUUGCAGAUAAAAUGAUGAUUGGUUAUCAUGGAAGAAGGGACAUUGAGCAAUAUAUCCUGGCUAUCAUGAACAUUGUUGCCAAACUUUUCCAGGACUCAAGUCUGGGGAACAUUGUGAACAUCAUGGUGACUCGGCUAAUCCUGUUGACUGAAGAUCAGCCCAACUUGGAAAUUAACCACCAUGCAGGAAAGUCUCUUGACAGCUUCUGCAGGUGGCAAAAGUCCAUUGUAAGCCGGAAUGGUAAUGCAAUCACGGAGAGUGGCAUAGCUGACCAUGACACAGCUGUCUUGAUAACCAGAUAUGAUAUUUGUAUUUACAAAAACAAGCCAUGUGGAACAUUAGGUUUGGCACCAGUGGGUGGCAUGUGUGAAAGAGAGAGAAGUUGCAGUAUAAAUGAGGAUAUUGGUCUAGCAACAGCCUUCACCAUUGCACACGAGGUGGGACACACCUUUGGCAUGAAUCAUGACGGUAUAGGUAAUGGCUGUGGAUCGCGAGGUCAAGAGACAGCAAAGCUCAUGGCAGCUCACAUUACCAUGAAAACUAAUCCAUUUGUGUGGUCAGCCUGUAGCAGGGACUAUAUCACCAGCUUCUUGGAUUCAGGCCUGGGCCUCUGCCUGAAUAACGCACCCCCGCGUCAGGAUUUUAUUUAUCCGACACAAGCUCCAGGACAGGCCUAUGAUGCAGAUGAUCAGUGCCGUUUCCAGCAUGGAAUUAAAUCUCGCCAGUGUAAAUACGGGGAGGUAUGCAGUGAACUUUGGUGUUUAAGCAAAACUGGCCGUUGCAUCACUAACAGCAUUCCAGCUGCUGAAGGGACCAUCUGUCAAACUAAUACCAUUGAAAAGGGGUGGUGCUAUAAAAGGGAAUGUGUUCUUUUUGGGACACGGCCUGAGGGAGUGGAUGGAGCUUGGGGACCCUGGUCUUCUUGGGGAGAAUGCAGCAGGACCUGUGGAGGAGGAGUGUCAUCAUCUGUCAGACAUUGUGACAGUCCUAGGCCAACUAUUGGAGGAAAAUAUUGCCUUGGGGAAAGGAAGAGAUAUAGAUCUUGCAAUAUUGAUGACUGCCCACCUGGGUUCCAGGACUUCCGGGAGAUGCAGUGUGCAGAAUUUGACAAUGUGGCAUUUCGAGGCAAAUACUAUUCAUGGAAAAGCUACAAAGGAGGUGGGGUAAAGGCUUGUUCACUCAACUGCUUGGCGGAAGGCUUUAACUUCUACACAGAGAGAGCGGCAGCUGUGAUAGAUGGAACACCCUGCAGACCAGAGUCCUAUGAUAUCUGUGUUAAUGGAGAGUGCAAGCACGUGGGCUGUGAUCGAAUCUUAGGAUCUGAUGUUAAGGAAGACAAAUGUCGCGUGUGUGGAGGAGAUGGCAACUCAUGUGAGACCAUUGAGGGAAUCUUCAACCAGUCUUUGUUUGAGGGAGGAUAUGAGGAGGUUAUCUGGAUUCCAAAAGGUUCUGUCCAUAUUAACAUUAAACAGCUCAACCUUUCACAAAACCACCUGGCCCUGAAGGCAGAAGGAGGAGAUUACUUUAUUAAUGGCAGACUCCCUCCAGAUGCCCCAAAAAGGUUUGAUGCAGCUAGAACAGCCUUUCACUACAAAAGACCCCAAGAUGAGCCGGAAUCACUGGAGGCUUUAGGGCCUACUAAUACAACUUUAGUUGUUAUGGUUAUGAUGAGAGAAGAGUUUCUUGGUAUCCGCUACAAGUUUAAUGCACCAAUCAGUAGACACACUGAGAGUGGAUACAUGUGGCAGCAUUCCCAGUGGACUAAAUGUUCUGCACUAUGUGCUGGAGGAGUACAAAUGCAGAAUGUUGUCUGCAAGAAGAUAGCAGAUGGAUCUCUUGCCUUUGAAGACAUGUGUGAUGCACGGCAGAGAAUGCAGGAGAAGCAACGUCCAUGUAACACUGAACCUUGCCCCCCUGAGUGGGCAAUAGGUCCCUGGACUGAGUGCAGCCGGAGUUGUAAUUCUGGUGUUCGUACCCGCAGUGCAAUCUGCCAGCGCCGGGUGUUAGCAGCAGAAGAGAAAUCUCUAGAUGAUAGCAAUUGCACACCACCUCGCCCCACAAUGCUGGAGCCCUGCAACAACAAAUCAUGCCCACCAGAGUGGGUGGCGCUGGACUGGUCUGAGUGCAGUCCAAGCUGUGGCCCUGGAUACAGACACAGAGUUGUGCUUUGCAAGUCUGGGGAUGGUGAAAAUACGUUACCCCCUUCCCUAUGCCUGGCUAAGGACAAGCCUGCAACUAGCGUAAGAUGUACUCUGCAGAGAUGCCCGCCACCACGCUGGGUGACUGGUGAUUGGUCUGAGUGCUCAGCCCAGUGUGGACAUGGGCAGCAGAGACGCUCUGUGCAAUGUGUGAGCCACAGAGGACAGCCAUCGGUGGAAUGCAUCGAGUCCCUGCGUCCCCCUGACAUGCAGCAGUGUGAAAAUCAAUGUGAGGCAGGACCUUCUGACAGCCCUGAUGAAUGUAAGGAUGUCAACAAAGUGGCCUACUGCCCCCUGGUGCUCAAGUUUAAGUUCUGCAGCAGACCCUACUUCAGACAGAUGUGUUGCCGCACUUGUCAAGGCCACUGA